UGCUGGCAUCAUGAUCUCCAGCAGGAUAAGCGGCGCCCUCGCCCUGCUGGCCACUUCGCUCUCAGUCGUCUCCGGCCAGACUUUUCAACGGCUUGGUACUUGCCCAACCUUGGGCUGCAUCCUCCCACCUGACCAGCAAGAUUUCCUCCCCGGACAGCACUUCGACAUACGCUUUGAGGUGCACGCCCCCAAGAACGGAUCCGAGGCCUUCAACGACGGAGUUCCGGAUGAGAAGUUCACCGUCACCAUCGCCAAGGACAAUGGGAAGCCCCAGAGCAUUGCGUCUUUCUUCGAACUAAAGGAACCUUCGCUCGAGAAAUGGACGUUUUCUUGGUAUGAGGACCUGUUCGCCCAGGAUGCCAAGACUCCCUCGGUCGUCAAUGUCGCUUCCAAGAUCUAUCGUCAAGUUGCGCUGUAUGAGCCCGGUACAUAUACGGUUACGUUGAACUAUUACUCGGGAAAGACGACAACGGCCAUUUGGAUGGUGAGACCACUUGCGACCAAGAAGAAGGCUAAGAAUGUCAUUCUUUUCAUUGGAGACGGUAUGACCACCAACAUGAUCACCGCUGCUCGACUGCUCGCCCACAAGUCCAUCAAUGGCAAGUAUCAGAGCACUUUGCAGCUUGACAAGUUCCCAACUUUGGGUCAUCAGAUGACACACUCUAUCGACUCGUUCAUUACCGAUAGCGCGAACUCGGCUUCUGCUUUAUAUACAGGACACAAGACCACUGUCAACGCUAUGGGUGUUUACGUUGACUCGUCGCCAGACAAGUUCGACGAUCCCAAGGUCGAGACCAUCGUUGAGCUUCUCAAGCGUAUCUGGGGUUCUGCCUGGGGUGCUGUCUCGACUGCCUUCAUUGCCGACGCCACACCUACUGCUCUCACCGCCCACACGCGCUCCCGGUAUGAAUAUGGCGCUCUCAUUGAGCAAGCACUCAAUGGGUUCUCAAACACUUCGUGGACAAAGCAAGAUGGCCCGGAUGUUUACUUUGGGGGUGGUGCCGAACAGUUCCUUCCCAGCUCUGCCUCAUACCAGGGUAAGGACUACUACGCCGAAUUCGCCAAGAAAGGAUACUCGGUCAGCCUCAACAAGACCUCCCUCCUCGCUCUUCCCGACGACAAGAAGGCGCUCGGUAUCUUUUGCAAGUCCAACCUGCCCGUCUGGCUAGACCGCAACAUCUUCCCCGAAAACACUCUGAAGCUCAAGAACGACCCCUCGGGCGCCUCCGGUCCAGCAAAGGACAUUCCCGGCCAAAAGGAAAUGACCCUCAAAGCCAUCGACAUCCUGCACAAACGCGGCGGCAAGGACGGCUUCUUCCUCAUGUCCGAAGCGGCCUCCAUCGACAAGCAGAUGCACGUGCUUGACUACGAGCGCGCCCUCGGCGACCUGCUCGAGCUUGACGACACCGUCCGGGCCACGAUCCAGAAACUCCAAGACCUCGGAGAGCUCAACAACACCCUCAUCGUCGUCACCGCUGAUCACGGCCACGGCUUCGACGUCUUUGGCGGCGCCGACACCAAGUACCUCGCUGCCCAGCACGACAAGGACGACCGGCACAAGCGCUCCGCCGUCGGCGUGUACAAGGAAUCCGGACUAUCCCAGUACACGGUCGAGCAGCCGGGUAUCAGCUACAACACGGGGCCCAACUUCCCUGUCAACUGGGACCCGCGCUACGUGAUUGCCGCUGGCACCGGUGCCGCUCCUGACCGCCGUGAGCAGUACGGCGUCGGCAAGAACGGCUCCCGUACGCCUGCUGUGACGCUGCCGGGUAUGGGUGAUGAUGAUUAUUACGUUAAUCCUACCGAUAGAACGGGCGGGUUUGUGGUCAACGGCACGUUGCCUACGACUGAGAGCCAGGGCGUUCACUCGCUCACGGAUGUGCCGGUUUUUGCGCAAGGGCCUUGCUCGGGCAACUUUGGGGGUGUUUAUAGCAAUACCGAUAUCUUUUUCAAGAUUGCGAGUUGCUUGGGGUUGGGACAUCCCACUAAGAAGACUGAUGGUGGGAAGGGGAGGUAAGACGGAUGGGUUUGAGAAGGGGGUAUUGUGGGAGGAUCCUCCCUCGCUAAAAAUAUAGGUGGAGAGGUAGCUUGAACGAAGAAAAAUUGGAUUGAGACGUAAUAAUAGAGACAUACAAUCUAGACUAUACUUGC